AUGGGACGAUAUCGCGGCCCUCCUCCGUCUGCUCGCUGCACAAUAACAGACGGCUGCAGCUCAAUUCCUGAAGAGCCGUCCUCUCUUGUUGUAACCGACUCAAACGUUGACUCCCUGACCCUGGAGUGGAGUCCUCCGCACGACCGCAACGGACACAUCACAGGCUACACCCUCAAGUAUCAGCCUGUCAAUAACACCCAUAACCUGGGCCCGCUGGAGGAGCUGGCCUUCGCUGCCAAUGAGACGUCAGUCACUUUGGGCAACCUCAAGUACAGCACGCGCUACAAGUUUUAUUUGAGUGCAAAAACAAAGAACGGAGCAGGUCCUGCCAUCUCGCAAGAAGCACUUACCAUCACGGAUCAAGCUUUACUAUCUCAACUUGACUUGCAUUUGGGGACAGGGAGCACCCAAACAUCCCAUCCCAAUGCACAACCGUUACCACGCCAACCAACCCACCAGGCAAACCCAGUGAGCGAGGAUUUUGGGAAUGUUAGCUCCACGGUUGCAGAUGACGGGGUCCUGAUCAGUUGGGAGUACACGGGCCCGGAGAAAGACAUUUAUGUAGAAUACAAAAUGAAAGACAAUGAAGGCGAGGCGUGGCACAAAGAGCCCGUGAACGGCUCUCAGAACUUUGUGGUCAAGGGCCUUAAGGCGGGGGUCUCCUACUGGGUGAGGUUGGUGGCCAGCGGCGCGUCCGAGCUGCCCUCCCAGCACUCCAGGGAACUCUUGGUGUCCGUGCCAGCGGUGGCGAGUCGACAAGUGGAUAUUGCCACUCAGGGCUGGUUCAUUGGUCUCAUGUGCGCCAUCGCCCUCCUCAUCCUCAUUCUGCUCAUCAUCUGCUUCAUCCAGAGGAAUAAAGGCGGGAAAUACCCAGUGAAAGAAAAGGAAGACGCACACACAGACCCAGAGUUCCAGCCCAUGAAAGAGGAGGACUGUACUUUUGGUGAAUACAGUGACAAUGAGGACCAUAAACCGUUAAAGGGGAGCCGCUCGCCAUCUAACGGGACAGUUAAGAGAGAAGACAGUGAUGACAGUUUAGUAGACUACGGAGAAGGAGGAGACGGCCAGUUCAACGAGGACGGCUCUUUUAUCGGACAGUAUAGUGGAAAGAGCGGCUGUAGGGACAACCCCGACGGCCCCGAGAGCUCAGAGGCCCCUUCCCCUAUUAAGGCCAUGAACUCAUUGAACUCUUUUGUCUAG